AUUGGCUAAAAUUGCUAAUCGAAACAAAAAAUAUUUUAUUUUAUAAAUUUAUUAAUUAAACAUGCAUUAGAUCAAGACCUGUUCAAAGGGCGGAUUAAUUAUUUAAUACUAUAACCACUAACAAUACAUCAUGGAAGGAUCGGCUCCAAAGAAAUCAACUUCCUUCGAAACAUUAGUAAUCCAGAAUAUAUCUAACGUCUCCGACUUAAAAGCUAAACUAAAUGAGAUCAUAGAUUCCGGGAAAAGCUACGAAUACGACGUCUCCUCGUGCUUGAAGACGUUGAUCAGAAAUGACGACCAAACCAUCGUGCUACUGUGCGUUCAGGCUCUAGCGGAGAUCGUCAAGUGUGAAUCUAAGCGGGAAACCUACGCGACACCUGAUAUCAUUGAGCCCAUACUGACGUUACUAAAGAAAGCGAGUACCAGCACAAACUGUGAACUGCUGAAACACUGCGUGAGAGCCCUGGGCAACUUGUGCUGCGACUGCGACAGUUCCCGGGACAUUCUGCUCGAGAAUAAUGGUAUCACAAUACUCAUUGACAUACUAAAAUCCUCUGUAGACAAUUCAAAGUUCAGCGAUAUAAAACUAUUCACGUGCAAAACAUUGCUGAACUUCUGUAUUGGUGGCAAGAAAUACUCUGAGCACCUAGUCAAAGAUGAUAUUAUUGAGUUGCUGAGGAAAAUACUAAUGGUGGAAUGUUACAAGGAUUGUAUGGAUGAGGCGGAAGUGACAACGGUGUUGCAGCUCUUGAGUGUCAUCAAUGACAAUGACCCGGAAGUGAUGUAUCCCGAAGAAGUCAACAAAACUGUACUAAAUGUACUGGAGGAGUCAACCAGCAUCGAUGUCUCAGACUUAUGUCUAGAGCUGCUCAAUUCACAAGCAGAAAAUGACUCAGUCAAAACACUGAUAGCCAAGCAGGGCGGAGUGCAGCUGGUGAGCGUGCGACUCGAGCAGCUGAUACAGCGGCUGGAGAAUGGCGGCCUGGACGUAGACACAUCAGAGAUUGAUGACGUUAUGAAGCAGGCUUGUGACUUGAUCAUUGUUGUGUUAACUGGAGAUGAGGCAAUGGAACACCUCUACCGUAAAGGCACUGGGGAGGUAUACCGGACCAUGGUGCGCUGGCUGGACUCCGACAAUCAUCAGCUCCUCACCACAGGAACACUGGCAAUUGGUAACUUUGCUAGGAAGGACGAAUACUGCCUCCAGUUAAUGGAAAACAAGAUUUUUGAUAAACUUUUAUAUAUAUUUGAAAGCUACCGCAACAACAGCAAUAUCGACGCUCGCACAGCGACGAAGGCGCAGCACGCGGCGCUCGGCGCGCUGCGGAACCUCAGCGUGCCCGCCGCCAACAAGCGCAGCGCCGCGCGCGCCGCCCCCGCGCUGCUCGCCGCGCUGCCGAGCGUCACCGACCCCCGCCUCGCCGACCAGCUGCUCGCGGCGCUGCGGCUGCUGCUCGACGGUCAAACUAGUCUCUCUCAAAUAUUCGCCCACCGCCACAACAGCAGCACGCGGCGCUCGGCGCGCUGGGGAAGUGCGGGCGAGCACCCGCGCGCCGCCGCGGAGGCGGGCCGCCUGCUCGCGCGCGCCGCUAGGCUCAUUUCACAAAACAAUUUUCAGGAGCCCGGUUGUAUAUCAUGUCUCGUCAAUAUGAUGGUGUCGCCGCACUCUAUCAUGCAGAGUGAAGCUAUUGUGGCAUUGACGUUGCUAGCAGCGGCUGGCAAUGAACCCUCAACCCCCGAGCAAGCUAAAACACCAUCGGAGCAAGGAGCAAAAACCUCACAAGAGCAGCCAGAUACAAACCAAACAAACUCAGAGGCGGAUUCAAGUCCGGAUAUAAUGGGUGCCUUACUACAAGCAGAGCUGCCGUCACACGCAGUUCUAUUACUAGACACCAACUGUGGGAAAAUGCCCGCAGAGGUUGCCCACAAUUUGGUGGCAUUGCUCGAGUUGACUGGCGCCCUAAGGCCCCAGUAUAAGGCGGCAACUUUGCCCCGCGCCCUUUCAGCUCUGCUACAAGCGCGCCCCGAUCUGAAUACGGACCUGAGAGAUCGGAUACAGCGCCUAGUUGAUACUAUUGAAGAAUCCAACUAACACUAAUCGAAAUGGUGAAAUUGAAUUGAAAAAAUAUUCAAAUUGACAAUAUUUAAACGAUUCAUUAGCUGAAUCAAACAUUGAAAGUAUAACGUCAGUCAAUUCUACAAGGAUGCAAAAUAAAAAGUAACGCUGCCAUUUUGUAAAGUGUCAAUAGACUCAAUAGUCAAUAUAGUUGGGGAGGGGAAGAGGGGAUUUCGGGACAAGUCACAAGCUCGAG